AUGUGGUCCUGGUUCGGCGGCGCAUCCGCCCAGAAGCGCAAGGAGGCGCCCAAGAACGCUAUCCUGAUGUUGCGCGGACAGCUGGACAUGCUACAGAAGCGAGAGAAGCACCUUGAGAACCAGAUCGCAGAACAAGACGCCGCAGCACGGAAGCACGUCAACACGAAUAAGAACGCCGCCAAAGCCGCCCUACGACGGAAAAAGGCCCAUGAGAAGACCCUUGAGCAGACAUCAGCACAGAUCAUGCAGCUCGAGCAACAAGUAUACUCGAUCGAAGCGGCGAAUAUCAAUUACGAGACUCUCCAAGCGAUGAAGCAUGCCGGUACAGCGAUGGAGCAGAUUCACGGUGGAAUGAGCAUUGAUCAGGUUGACGAAACGAUGAGCAAACUUCAGGAACAACACCAACUGGCAGACGAGGUCGGGGCCGCUAUUACCUCUGUUCCGUUGGGCGAGCAGAUCGACGAGGACGAGCUUGAUGCCGAGCUGGAGGGACUGGAGCAGGAGGCUAUGGAUGAGCGGAUGCUCAAUACUGGUCCCGUACCGGUCAAUACACAGUUGGACCGGUUACCAGCUGCUGGAACUUCCGAGUUAAACAAAAAGACAGCGGCGGCCGAGGACGACGAGGAGGCAGAAUUGGAGAAGUUGCGCGCGGAAAUGGCCAUGUAG